ACAAAGGUGCUUGCACAGUUGCACUACUCAUUGCUACAAAUUUUGCAUGUGGGGACAAAAGUGAAUGAUAGGAUAUAUUACUAAGAAGGAAUUUGUGAUGGAAAAUGUCAACCUUUGUUGAAAAUAUAACAUGUAUAUUAGUCACAAAAGCUGCUAUAUAUAUAUGAUAUAACUAAUAUUCCAUUUCCUCUGUACCUUAUCAAAAGAUGGAGAACUUGAGAUUUUGUACUGUUCUCUGCUUGAUAAUUCUGACAGUAGAAAUUGUUGGUCUUAAAGGUGAUGAGCUGAAAAAUGACACUGCUCAAAGUCAAGGCAAUGUCGCUUCAUCAACCCUCUCUAAUCAUCAGGGUAAUAAUAAGGAACAUGUAAAAGGAAAACACAACAAUGAAGUUGUGUUCAACACUAGCAAAGGUAGUUGGUAUAAGAGAGGAGGAAGUGGAGGAUUUAAAUGGGGAUGGGGUGGAGGAGGAGGUGGUGGAGGUGGAGGUGGUGGUGGUGGAGGAGGAGGAGGUGGUGGAUGGGGAUGGGGAGGAGGAGGUGGAGGGGGUGGUUGGUGGAAAUGGGGGUGUAGAGGUGAACCAAGAUCACAUGUUAAAGGGAAGAAAGGAACUAUAAGGGGCAUGAAGCAUCAUCAUCAACAUGCAUCUAAGGAAGAGUAUAGGUUAGGGGAAUUUGCACAAUGCAUGACAAGAACAAGGUGCAAAGGUAUGAGGUUGGAUUGUCCUCUUCACUGUGGUGGACCUUGUUUCUAUGACUGCUACCAUAUGUGCAAAGCUCAUUGUCGACGACCCUAAAUUAUAUCAUGUAACUAGUCAUUUCCUUACCCUUUCUUUCUUCUUAUUCUUUUUUCUGAUAUUUUUAUUUUGGAUCAAAAUCAGUGUUUUACAUUGCUUGCUUUUCCUAGGUAGACAACUAGACAAGCAUGUUGAAUUGACAUUGUGUGUGUGUUUCAUUUUACUUCAACCAUAUAUGUUAGAUGUGACAAGUGAUGCAUACUCCCUAUAUUUGUGUCCUAAUUGUUGUUACUAAGUAAUUGACAUCAAUUUAAAUUUGUGUUGGACUCUAUUUCAUUAA